CGCUGCGCCUCUCACAGACUCCGUCCCUUGCUGCCUGUUUAUCCCCUCCUGCUUCUCGCACACAUCUCGCUUCGAAACGUGGGUCGCUCGCCUUGCCUCACGUACAUUUUACCUUCCUCUCACACCCUUGGCAGCGGAUUCGGCCAUUGGCCCACACCCGCAGCCCUGAUACUUUCUAUGAUUCAUUGAAUAUGAAUGUGCAUUUCCCGUUGUAACUGGAAACUGCACGUCGUUUGCACUGAGAUUCACAGCCCAGGGUAACUGGCAGCCUUCCACCAAACCCGGCGAUCGCUAUCUGCUGCAGAAUUACCUUCCUGCCGCAGAAUCCUACUUUAACCCACCUGACUUUCUGAACACAUCCAGUUGUUUGGAGAACUAUGUCUGGUGAGAAGAUCGGAGAAUUUGAGGGACUUUUAUAUCCGUCGCCCAUCCGAGACCACGGGAAUAUUUACAAACCCAAUAAUAAAAUGGAAGAUGAGAAGAUGAAAGAGGAAUAUGUGCACGAUUAUCACACCAAAGAGAUCGACUUGGUCAACAGAGACCCAAAGCAUCUGAACGACGAUGUGGUGAAGGUAAGGAGUGGAUUUGAAGAAGUGAUUGCUGAACCGGAGGGAACCCACAGCUUCGAUGGUAUUUGGAAGGCCAGCUUUACUGUCUUCACACUGUCCAAAUACUGGUGUUACCGUCUUCUCUCGGGGCUCUUCGGGAUACCUUUAGCAAUUGUUUGGGGAAUUUACUUUGCAGUCUUAUCAUUCAUCCACAUUUGGGCAGUGGUGCCUUGCGUUAAGAGCUACAUGAUCGAGAUCCAAUGUAUCAGCAGAGUCUAUUCUAUCUGCAUUCACACCUUCUGUGACCCUUUCUAUGAAGCCUUGGGAAAAAUGUUCGGCAACAUUCGGGUAUCGAUGCAGAAAGAAGUGUAAACAGGAAAAUACUGAAAGAAGUGAUUGGUCAAUUUAUCAUAUCGCUUCCUGCCAAAUGGAAGCUCAGUUUCUUUAUCACAGAAACAUGUUGGUGCCUUUACUAAUAGCACUGAUAUAGGAAAAAAAAUGGUUGCAUGCUCUUUAAUUACUUAUCCCUGGCGUGUUCUGUUAUCCUUUUAUGGUACUCUGCAUUUUAACACUGAUCUAAGCUGAACACCUACAUUCCUUUACUGUUAAACACCAUAUGACAGGUUUUUGUAAACAAAUGAGUCAUGCCUUUCUUUAGCAAUUUAGCCCUCCUGCUAUUUCAUUCUGUCGUUUCCCAUAAAACCAGAGACUGGUUCACAGUACUGUACUUACCAGGAAGGUAAGGAUAAAGGAUUAAACACUGAGCAUAGAAUCCUAAUACUAUUUAAAAAGUAGAGAUCUGCUGUGAGAUAUGAAUUAUUUUGCAGUGAAAUUAUAAUCAUACCAUUUUUGAAAAUGCUAUGCAACAAAUAAAUUGCAUUUUUGUUUAAUCUCACCUGAGAUUAUCAGGAUUUAUAGAAACAUUAAAAUUUAAAUAUAAUUUACACAUAUGGAAUGUUGGUCUGGAAGAGCCUUGACUGACACCACUUAAGUGUUUGUUAAAUAGUUAAUCACAGUGGGAAACUAAAUAGCUGUGUGUGAGUUAUGUUGUGUCUUGAUGCCAAGAGGAUUGACUCCUUCUCUCACCACUGUCUAAAAAAUGCAAUGUUCUUUUUAUUUUUUUCUUUGGUAAGCAUUUAAAUAUUUUGUGAACCUUGUGCAUGUCUGGUAUUAAACUCUCUAACAUGCACCAGAACAUCAGGAGGACAAUGGCAAAAUAAUGUUGCUGUGUAUUUAGUGCUUGCAACAUUUGAGAAAUUGUGUGAAAUGAAAGUACUUACUGCACUGUAAGAUAGCCACGUUAAAUUGCUGAAUGUAACUCAGAUUUUCCACAUUGUGCAUUGCAACAUAUCGACUAGCUUUAUAAAAUAUGCAACCCAAAGGAGCUAAUAUCCAGAAUUUUCCUGCUUAGACAAUUGCAGCAGAGAUCGAAAGCCAGAAUCAUAACAUGCUACUGAAGCAUUCUGAUGGGCAGAGGCACCAAUGGACAACUAGCUGUGUGCUACAUUCUCCACCUUCUUUAAACAUAAAACACAUUGAGAGCCUUGAUAUUCUUCCAUGCCAAGUUCUAUUGCCACUUUAUAUAUGUGUAACGGAAGGUUAAAGGAAUUGCUACAACUGCUGUUUUAAAGAAUCACUGAUGGAAAGUUCUUUUUAAGGGUUGUGUAUAUAGUUAAAAUAUAGAUUUAAGUCACCAACAAAAUAAAAAAAAGAAACAGAUUUUUAGAUUUUUGCAGAAGCUAUUUUAUACAGAUGCAUUCAUAUCACUUAUUAACCAUAAAGUAUAUAAAAUUUAGCUUUAAUUUUUUACUACCACUUUUAAUUGUAUUGCAAAUUAUUUGAACCUAUGGUCAAUUUCUUCCAAGUGAUGUUAAAGCUUGCUGUUGCAGAAGAUGUUCAAGCAUUUAAAGUAUGUUAGCAUGUAAGAGCUGAAACAAUUUGAAAAAAUAAAGAAUCAAGUGUUUACACAA